AAGGCCAGCGCUGAUUGGCUGCGGCUUUCCCUUUCUCCAAUCAGGAAGGCGUUUGUUGCAAGGCCGGUUGUGAAGCUUCUGUGAGUGGAGAUGGCCACGGCAGCGGGGCUGGUUGCAGUCUGGCUCUAGUCUCCCCUCCUCAGCCUGCGCUUAUGGCGCUUAGUUUCAGGCGAGGCCGGAAGGGCCCCUUUAAACAUAUAGCUCAUGGCCUGGUCCCUGCUGCUACCAUAGCUCCUAAACCUGCAGUUCCCCGCACCCCUCCCCCUCGUAGUCCAAACCCUUCUCCAGAAAGGCCCAGAUCUGCCCUAGCAGCAGCUAUUCUAGUGACAACUUUAACUGGGCGUACCGUUGCUAUUCCCCAGCCUCGUCAACGAUCACUUUCUGAAAGUGAUACCAGCUGUUUGGAACAAGAAUGUUUUAUUGAGCCCUAUGCCACAGUCACUGAGCUCAAACUGGGGCCCAAUUGGAAGCAUGAUGAUAGUGAAAGAUCUCCUGUGCAGUCACUGGAAGGGUCAGGCAAUCUUUGUGAAGAUGAGGACAUGGACACACAUCUUUCAGAGACAGAAAAAGAGCCAGAUCAAAACUAUCAGGGUACAGAGAAAAGAGAGGAAGGCUUCAGCAAUGAUGCUAUUUAUGCUGUUCCCUAUAAAAAUAAAAAGGUAAAGCUUCCAGUAUCUUCUAGUGUUGAUCUUGAUGAGAAUGAAAUUUCAUCCCAUGAAGCUGCAUUUCCGAUUUUAGUAGAUCAGUCAAAUAUACAAGUGGAAGCAGAAGAUGAACCUCCUGUUCUGAAUUUAAAGGAGCAAAAACUGGCAGUUGAAAAUCCACUAAGCGAAAAGCCUCCACCAUCCCCAGAUGUAUCUGUUCGGACAAGACAAGGACAGAUGGCGAAAACUAAAGAGAAGUUCCAAGAACUAAAACAAGAAAAUUGGUCUCUAAUCAAUGCAAAUCAGACUAUGGCCCUACAACUUGAGGAACUAAAACAACAAAUAAAGGAACUACAGUUAAAACUUAAGACACUGGAAAAAGAAAAUAAAAAAUGUAGAAAAGCUGCAGAGAGUUCACAUAAGGAAGAGGAAGUUGCAGAACUGCUUUCAUUGAGACAACAAGCUCAGGAACUGGUAGAUGAAAAUGAUAGUUUGAAAAUGACUGUCCAUCGUUUGAAUGUGGAAUUGAGUCGCUAUCAAACCAAAUUCAGGCCAUUGUCCCAAGAUGAGAAUAUAAAAAUUGGAAGUCUGCCAGCAAAAGGACCACCCCCUCCCUGGCUGCUAGAUAUGAAAUACUUGUCACCUCUCCUCUUGGCAUAUGAAGACAGAAUGCGAGAAAAGGAGGAUUUAAAUCUUGCACAUGAGGAGGACAUGAAGAAGUUUAGGAUACGAGUUGAAGAAUUGGUGAAGGAAAAUGAACAACUGCACCAGCAAUUAAAUAAAAAUCGUUCUAUUACCCUGAAGGAAUGGCAGCAGCUUCAAACUCAGGCAAAGCUGGUUUUGGAAGAAAAUGGAGUGUUGAUGGAGCAACUUGAAAUUCAGCAGGCUAAAGCAAAGGAGAGUUACAACCAACAUGUUCAGGAAGUUUCAAAAUUGACCAAACAGCUAAUGGUUUUGGAAGCUAAGAAACAAAGCCAGGAAGAGGAGAUAUCAGAGAAUCAGAAGCAGCUGAAGUCUUUAUGCUCCACAUGUGAAGAACUGAAAGCAAAUCUGAAUGGCAGAGUAACAGCAGAGGAGCAUGUUGCUUUGGUGAAUGCAUUAAGAAGUCAGUUGCAACAGGAACAGGAAAAGCGAAGUGCUGAGCUGGAAGAUCUAAUGGAAAGGCUAGCAUCAUUGCAAGCACAGAAAAAGAGCCUGCUCUUAGAGAAAAAUGACCUAGUUGCUGAAAACAAGAUCCUGGAAGCUGAGCUGAAAAUGGCACAAAAGACAAAUAGGAAAUCACAGAAGAAAAUAUGUCUUCUGAAACAGCAGUUGGAUGAAGCAAUGGAAAAGGAAGUGGCAGCUCAUCAGUACUUAGCAAAUCUUAUUAGCUUGGCAGAGAAUAUAACUCAGGAACGUGACCAUCUUAUACAUUUGGCCAAAUGCUUGGAAAGUGAGAAGCAUGGAGUUCUGAACAAAAUAAUAGAAGGGAACGUACGCUUAGGAAGAUUAGAAGAGAAAGUUCGGGUAUACAAAAAGAAAGCUGCUGGGAAGCUUGGAGACAUCAAUCUCAAAAUGAUGGAGCAAGAGCAGGAAUUUGCUGGGAAGGCUUCUCAGUACCAGCGUGAAAUGAAGCACCUCCAGCGACUCCUGCAAGACAAGCAAGAAACCCUUGAUGAAGUGCUGCAGCAGAAAAGAGAAGUGGAAGGUGAACUUGAAAUAGUUUGGGAAUCUACCUCCAAAGAGAACCAGAGAAUGAAAGAAUUCUUGCAUAAAUCUCUGGAGAAGAAGAACAGGUGGAGCACUGUCCGAGUUUAUGAAUCAUAUUUAGAUGAAAUCUCUCAGAAGGACUUUAUUUCUGGAUAUGAUUUUAGCUACUGUGAUGUGAAACCACCAUCACCCACAAAAAAUCAAAGUAAACAGGAACCUCCCUGUUAAGGACAAAGGUGCCUCUACAUCUUGCACAAGAAAGGAUGAUCCCAAAGAAACAAAAGAAUAAUAAUUCAGAUGUAGAGCCAGACUCUCCUCAACCACAAAAUAUGUUACAACAAAAAAGCAUUUAUGCUCUUUGAUACUGAUAUAUACAUUAACUGGAAUUGAUAACAGCAUAUUCUCGCUCUCGUAGAGUUAUAUUUUUAGUAUAGAUUUUAAUAUUAUUGAUGUCAUCUGAUAAAAGGCCACUGCUAAUCCAGUAGAAAUGUAGUAUAGCACUAGUCACAACUGUAAAGCUGGCAGUACUUAUCAAAUUAAAGGGAUAUAUAAUUGCAUUCUAAUUGCCAGACUCACAGAGCACAUAAAUCCUAGGGUUAAUAUUUCCUAUUCACUUGUUUUGUAGCAGAGACUCUCUGCUAAAUAAUACUUAUGUUUUAAUAUGGUUUAAUUGAAAUGCUAGCAGUUUUCAUCUAUAAACAAUCUCAUACAGUAGUUUAAAUAUCCAAAAUGUGGAGAUUUAAUCAAAAAAUACAUAGAAAACA